ACCGAGAAACAUGAAAGUCGUGUCGUUGAUUCUGAUCUCCCUGGGAUUACUGUCGCUGGUCGGGGCCCAGAAGAAGCAUCCGGCCACGGAAGUGAAGCGAUGCUCUGGAAGUAAACCCUUUCCGCUGGAGGUGCGAGUCCAUGGAUGCGUCACUCCGCCCUGCCAAAUCGUCAAGGGUUCUACCCAGGAUUUCGAGAUUGACUUUGUCGUGCGAAAGUACAUUACUAAACUGACGACCCUGGUGAAGGCCACCACCCUCGGGAUUAUCACAGUGCCAUAUGAACUGCCGGCGGAUGUGGCUGCCGUCUGUCCGAAUCUUCAGUACGGCGCCUAUUGUCCGCUCUAUGACACCGAGGAUGUCUCCUACCUGUUCAGCUUUCCCAUCGGGGAAUACCCCGAGAUCGGCGUGAAGAUCGAAAUCUAUCUGGUGGAUCAGGAUGGAGACACUGCCGUGUGCUUCGUGUGCGACAUCAAAGUGGUCAAGGGCAAUGGCGGCAAUUCGGUGUAUGAGCUGGACUAUCUCAACUAAUGUUGAAGGGAACUUCAUUUAUCAAUUGGCCUAAAUUACUGUGAUAUACCAAUCGGUUUUUUUUUGAAAAUACAUCGCUGGGCUCACCCCCAACGUCUCAUAAAUAUUUAAUAAAAUUUUAAAAGCUUUACCCCAACAUGUGAGGGUGGUUUUCCUAAAUA